AAAUAACAUUUUUUUGUAAUCCAAUCAAAACCAAAAACUCUAUUAACAAAAACGGCAAACGGCCCUAAAUCAAACUCUAACACGAGCCGUCUCUUCGAAAUUUCUAAUCCUAUACCCAACAAAAAAUGUAAAAACAGCCACAACUCGAAUUCUCACACGGCUACGCGAGUUGUAUCCAAAGAUUCUCUCUUUACAAUACUGCACACUUUUUUUAUAUCCCCCAAUCCUCCCAUUUUUAAAUCGCUAGGUUUUCAACUCCGAUCAAUCUCCGAUUAUUAUCGUCUUUCCGAAAUCAAGCGCUGGCCAGGGCGCGUUCUGCAGCCUCUGGCGCUUCUAAUCAUCUCUCUUUACAUUCGGUCUUCUCCCUCGGCCUUGAAAAACGAGGAUAUGGGAGGUGUAUUGGUGUGGCUUCUCUUCUUCUUCGUAGCCAUUGCUCUUCUAGUUAUGGUCAUUUUCCAGCUUAUGUGCUUGGCGGAUUUAGAGUUUGAUUAUAUCAAUCCUUACGACUCAGCCUCUCGAAUAAACAAAGUGGUUUUGCCAGAAUUCAUCACUCAAGGAGUUCUAUGCUUCCUCUUCCUUAUAACCGGGCAUUGGGUUAUGUCACUUUUAUGUGUUCCAUACCUGUACUACAAUGUCCGAUUGUAUCUUCGAAGACAGCACCUUGUUGAUGUAACAGAGAUUUUUAACCAACUCACUUGGGAAAAGAACCAAAGAUUUUACAAGCUAGGUUAUAUUGUGCUUCUUAUCGUCAUGUGCUUGUUCUGGAUGAUUUACAAUGCUCUCGAAGAAGACGAUUAGUCGUUUUCUUUUUCUUCCCUCACUUCGGUGGCACGAGCAUUCACGAGCAUUGCAAACUGGCAUAUAGCUUUUCACCGGCUAUUAAGGUUAAACUUAUGUUGUAAGUUGCAAGUUGGACUUCGUGUUGGGAGUCGCAGACUCUAGUCGAGUGUUGAUUGAUGAUUGUGAAUCUGUAUUUUGCUUUUUUGCUAAACUAUACUUGAUUGAUUGCCCAAUUCAAGUUUUUUCUUUUCACAAAUUCUAUGAAACUGGUCGACCCGUCAUAUUUUUGUAACAUAAAUGUAUACUUAUGUUAUGAAAUAUCAUAAUAUUGAAUAACCGCUUUUUGCACACUAAUACA